UGGGCAGCUGCUUCAAUUUAGGGCCUUCCCAAAAGGUGCUCAGGUCCAACUGUCCACACUGGCAGUGCUGAUGGCUCCCUUCCUUCACCCUGCCUCUUUCUCACUCUCUUUCCUUUUCCCUCUUAGAACGGAGAGAGUGCACUGUUUUCCUUGGCACACGAGGAGAAGAGAGUGUAUGUCUUCGAGGGACACUUGCUCAUACAGCCAGCUGCCCAGGAAGUGGGGAGGACCAUAGAUGGCGGGACUGGCCCAAGGCAGGAUGGCCCCACCGGGCAGACAGAGCCCCUCAUCACUGCAGGUCCCCAGGGGAGGGCCUUGCCUCCUCCUCCUCUUCUGCCUGCCUUUGAGGGCUGCCUGUCCACAGGGCUGCCAGUGUCCGGAGCACGCUGGGGUGGUGGCUGUGCACUGCAGUGCCACUGGCCUGCGGGAGGUCCCCAGGGACAUCCCCACUGAUGCUGUGCUCCUGAAGCUCGAUGCGAACCAGAUCACCCGCAUCCCCGAUGGAGCCUUCCAGCACCUGAGCCAGCUGAAGGAACUGGACUUGUCUGGGAAUGCCAUCGAGACCAUUGGCCCAGCGACCUUUGCUGGCCUGGCUGGAGGCCUGCGCCUGCUGGACCUGUCCCAUAAUCGCAUCCGCAGGAUCCCCAAGGACGCCCUGGGCAAGCUCAGUGCUCAAGUCCGCCUGUCCCACAACCCCCUGCACUGUGAGUGUGCCCUGCAAGAGGCCUUGUGGGGGCUGCGACUGGACCCCGACUCUGCAGACGCCAUUGCUUGCCACACCUCCGUGCGGGAGGAGUUGGUGGGGAAGCCGCUGAUCCAGGCCCUUGACGCUGGCAUCAGCUUCUGCGGUACCCACCACAGGACCACCGAUGUGGCCAUGCUGGUCACCAUGUUUGGCUGGUUCGCCAUGGUGAUCACCUAUGUUGUGUACUACGUGCGCCAGAACCAGGAGGAUGCCAGGAGGCACCUGGAGUACCUGAAGUCCCUGCCCAGCACCCCCAUCUCCAAGGACCCCAUCAGCCAGGCACCCUAGCACCCUCGGGCACCCUGGGCACCGCCUCCCAAGUCUUCAGGCAAACCCGCGUUCCAGUUGGCUCCACCACUUUCACUUUUUUAGCAGGUUGUGACUUGUGUUGUCGAGAUCCCCCCGACGAGGUGGUUGGUGAUGACUCUUGCGCCUUUUGUGCGGUCCUUGCCACGUUCACAGACUGCAUCUAGUCAUUGUAACGUCCUUGAAGUCAGGUAAUUUACUAUCAGACCCAUUUGAUGGAUGAGGGACCUGAAGCUUAGAGACACUGAAGGACUUCCCUGUGAUAACACAGGAAGUGAUCCAGUUGGGAUUUAGAGCCAGGUCACCUGUCAGGGAAUUCCACGUUCUUUCCCCUCUGCAAGCCUCUUCCACAUGGUCUCCAGAGGAUGUUAAUAUGCACUCAGGCAAGAAAGACUGUAUGGCCCAUAAGUGCAAGACUCUCCCCUGUGGAGGUUCGCAAUACAGAUUUAUCUGUUAAAGGCACUGAUAAGUCCUGCAGGGAGGAACUGGUUCACCUUUGUUUACCUAGUAUUUCCUAAAUAUAUUUGACCCCAGAACCUUCUUUCCAGAGCAAAGUAAUAGUAUCUCAUUAUCAGUUUGGGAAAUGCUAUAUCAGACCUGGGUUUCCUAGAGAGGUGAGUAGAAUGUGUAACUCUAACUUUUCUACGACUUUGUCUAGUCUCAGAAUGUUUGCUAGGAGUGAUGCUUGUGCCAAAGUUUCAGUUUGGUGAGAGGAAAACAGAAGCAUGGAGAGAAACCUGGGAAACAUCUGGUGUAGAUCAUCAAGGGGUUGAUGUCAGCAACCAGACAAGUACAGUCCUGCCCCUUUCCUGCCACUUGCUCUGUGCCUGCCUGCAGCAAGGUCCAUCUUAAGUCACUACCGUGCCUUGUUUUUCUAUUCACUGAUGUCUAAAACAGCUCUUUACCAAGGACAGGAGGACUGCUGUUUGAUGUUUCAAGGCCAACCAACAAGACGCUUCCUUUUCUCCAACAACAGGAACUCUCUCUUUUCACCUUGGCUGCCAGGAAUCUCAGAGCUAAUUUAAUGCUCGAUUUUCUUGCCUGUCUUGCUUCAAAUUCAGGGUAGACACAAUCUCCACCUAUAUGACUCUGAUCUGUCUUCUUUCUAAUUUUAUUUUUUACUGUGAUUUUGUAUGAGUGUUUAUAUUUUAAACUACUUCAGAUAUUUUGUUGCCCGGGAGCAAAUAGAUGUGCUUUGUUUAGAAUCAAGGUGUGAAAGAUAGAAGGCUAAUCAAGCAGAUGUUUAAAAACAAUAAAAUCUACAGUGACUUGUAUUUGGAAGGUAUCAGUCACUUGAAAGGGGAAUCAUGAGAUUGUGUUUGUGAGGUGCUCUCUCUCACCCCACAAUGAUUGCUGGAGAGUGGUCUUGCUACCUUAAGGGACUCAGAACACCCAAGUUGCCCUUUGGCUGCAGCAGAGCCUGGAAAGGCUCGUCUGAAGAAAGUCUGUGAUUUUCAGUUUUGGUGCAUUUUUAA